CUCGCGCGCGCUCUGUAAUGAUUCCACUCUCGCGCAGAAGAGUGCCGACUGCCGAAAGCUCCGCACCACUUUCCAUCUCUUCCCUCCGCACUGCGAUUCCGUGAGGUGACGGCUCCUCUCCUGGCGGACACUAAACUAGCCCCAAACACCUGGGGCAGAGCGUUCGUCGGGGCACGGAGUCGCAUUUAGAGGCGCCUCGAGCGGACAACAAAUGUUCGAGACCCGCGGCCGGUGGCCCCAGACCCGACGGGGAGGGAGACGAGCAGAGCAGUGAUGGGACAGUUUUCGGGAGGAUGCUACUUGAGUUUUGGCAUCCUCGUUCUUCUCGGUUCGCAUGUCCCGGCCACAUUAGCAAGAGGUCCCCGAGGUGAGGCCCUGCAGCAUGGCCAGUCCGGGACACUGCCCCACUUCCUCGAAGAGCCCGUUGAUGCUUACAUCGUCAAGAGCAACCCCAUCNGUCUGCAGUGUAAGGCAUGAUGGCAAAAGCCUGUAGAGAGACAACUCUUCUACAAGUGUAGGGCUGCUUGGGUGUCUGAAAUUCAGGUUUCUGCCCAAUCAACGAUCUUGUCUGCAGGGCUGAAGAUCCGCGAGGUGAUGAUCAACGUGUCACGUCAGCAGGUGGAGGACUUUCAUGGCCCAGAGGAUUACUGGUGUCUGUGCGUCGCCUGGAGCCACCUGGGAACCUCCAAGAGCCGCAAGGCAACAGUCCGGAUCGCCUACCUGAGGAAGAACUUUGAGCAGGACCCCCAAGGCACUGAGGUGCCUCUGAAUGGCAUGAUUGUGUUGCACUGUCGUCCCCCAGAGGGAGUGCCUGUGGCUGAGAUGGAAUGGCUGAAAAAUGAAGAGCCUCUCAGCUCAGAAGGUGUCAUUGAUACAAGAGGCGACCAUAAUCUCAUCAUCUCCGAAGCCCGCCUCUCUGAUUCCGGAAACUAUACCUGCGUUGCCAGCAACAUUGUGGCCAAGAGACGUAGUGCCACAGCCACUGUUGUAGUCUACGUGAAUGGAGGCUGGUCGUCAUGGACAGACUGGUCUCCCUGUAAUGUACGCUGUGGUCGCGGUGUGCAGAAACGUUCUCGCACUUGCACAAAUCCAGCUCCUCUCAAUGGGGGAGCCUUCUGCGAGGGCAUGUCAGUGCAGAAGAGCACCUGCAACACGCUGUGUCCAGUGGAUGGCAGCUGGGGGGAGUGGAGCGACUGGUCGGUGUGUAGUUCAGACUGCGAGAGGCAGCGCAGCAGAGAGUGUACGGCUCCGGAGCCCAAACAUGGAGGACGGCUCUGUGACGGGGUGGCGCUGGCCACAGACAACUGCACUGGCGGCCUCUGCACACAGAAUCGAAAGUUGCUACAUGAUGCUAAGCCACAGGGUGUGGAGAACAGCAGUGAUGUGGCCUUGUAUUCGGGCCUCGCUGCGGGGGUUGUGACAGUGGUGCUUCUGAUCAUCGCUGUCACUCUUUACCGAAGAAGCCAGAGUGAGUACGGUGUUGAUGUCAUCGACUCCUCCGCCCUCACUGGGGGCUUCCAGUCCUUCAGCUUCAAGACCUCUCGUCAAGCAAACCCCCUGCUUAUUAAUUCAUCCAUGCAACCUGAUCUGACAGUGUCGCGUACCUACACCAGCCCCAUGUGUUUUCAGGACUCCAUUGACAAGGAGCUGAUGGCCGAGCGCUCACUCCUUGACCCACUGCCUGAUCUCAAAGUCAAAGGGGUGGCAGAGAGGGCAGAGUACCAUGUAAUGUCGCACCCUCAGACAUUUCCAAGGGGCCUGGCUCCAGACUACAGAGGGGUUGCAGUGGGGACAACGCUGGGCAGGAGAGGCAAAAACCUCUUCACUCCACAAGUCACUUUGACUUCCAGCAGACCUCUCCACAAAGCAACUGCAGUUUUUGGUCAUGCUGGAGGGAGGCUGGUGGUCCCUAGCACAGGUAUCAGUCUGCUGGUGCCUCAUGGGGGAAUCGCAGAAGACACUACCUGGGAAAUGUACAUGAUCAUCAACCAGGAGGACAGCAGCACUGUGUCUGAGGAAGGGACAGAGAUCUUUUUGAGUCCUGCAGUCACGUAUGGCCCACCAGGCCUUGACCUGUCCUGUCCCAUAGCCAUGACCAUAGCCCAUUGUGCAGAGGUUGCUGCUGAUGAUUGGACCAUUCGGCUAAAGAGACAAACGCAGGACAACAAAUGGGAGGAAGUAAUGUCAGUGGACGAGGAGAGCACAUCCUGCUACUGUCUGCUGGAGGCCCAGAGGUGCCAUGUCCUGCUGAAGCAUCCGGGUCGCUACGCCCUGGUGGGGGAGCCCCUGAGCCAGGAGGCAGCCAAGCGGCUGAGACUGGCUGUGUUUGGUAGUCCGGAUACCAGCAAUUCUCUGGGCUUCACCCUCAGGGUCUACUGUGUGGACGACACGCCCCAUGCAUUUCAGGAGGUGGCAGUGGGCGAGCGCAGCAGGGGCGGGCAGCUGCUGGAAGAGCCUAAAAUGAUGCUGUUCCGGGGGAACACUUUCAGCCUCCAGGUGUCCAUCCAGGACGUCCCACAGCUACUCUGGAGCAUCAAGCCUUUCACCACCUGCCAGGAGUUCUCCUUUUCUCAGGUGUGGGCCAGUAACCAGCGUCCCCUGCAGUGUGCCUUCUCUUUGGAGCGAUACAGCCACUCCUCGUCUCAGCUGUCCUGCAAGAUCAGCGUCCGACAGGUCAAAGGCGAGGAGCAGAUACUACAGGUCUAUACGUCUGUGGUGGAGAAUGAAAAGGGAGUGGUUCCUUUUUUCACUCAGUCAGACUGUACCAUCACCUCUCAGACAGGGUCAAGGGCCUUUAAAAUCCCACUGUCCAUCCGUCAGCGGAUCAGCGCCACCUUUGACACCGCUAAUGCCAGGGGGAAGGACUGGCAGCUCUUGGCUCAAAAGCUCCACAUUGACAGGAACCUGUGCUACUUUGCAUGUCAGGAGAGCCCAUCAUCAGUGAUUCUGAGCCUAUGGGAAGUCCAGCACCAGGACUCAGGGGACCUAGACUCUCUGGCCAGUGCCCUUGAGGAAAUCAGCAAGGUCCAGUCCCCCAAGACCGCCACUCUUGGCUGCAUCAAGGCGAGCACUCCACCCAUCAGAUUGGCUCGUAGCCGUACGCCGACGCCGACUCAGACGGCACGGGACAACACCGAACCGACUCGACCACGACCUCGCCUGACUGGGGUGCACGCGGCGCCGCGGCCGGCGCGGGCGCGGGCCUGGGCGGGCCUUGGCGGGGCGCGUGUGUCGUCGUGGUGCCGGUGGCCCGGCGGGCGCUGUGGGCACGGGCGGGGGUCGUUGGCUGGCGGCCCGCGAUAA